AUGGCGAAGGUAGCGGUGAUGCUGGUGAUGACGGUGAUGGCAAUGGCAGUUGUGGCAGUGAUGAUGGUGAUGACGGUGAUGGUGACAGCGGUGGUGGAGGUGGUGGGGUGGUGAUGCUGGUGAUGAUGGCGAUGGUGGUGGUGGCGGUGACGAUGGCGAUGGCGGCGGUGGGAGUGAUGAUGGUGGCGAUGUUAAUGCUGGUGAUGAUGGUGAUGGUGGUGACGACGGUGAUGGCAGUUGGCGGGGGGGACGGCGCGUCCCCGCAGCUCUUGCCCUUGACCCGCACCCAGACAGAAGCUGCACCUCGCCGAGAGCCCCGACCCCGAGGACGCAGCGGCCUGACCCCGCGCCCGGCCCGGCUGGGGGGGUGGCCGCCACCCCCCGGGAGCCCCACACCGGGGUCCCCCCCGGCGGAAGGGCCGAUGGCGGCAACAGCGGUCACGCAGCGUGGGGACAGCGAGACCCUGCGGGGCGAACAGCAAACCCACAACACACAACACCCCCCCCACCCCACCCCCCCCACCACCCAAUUUCCGCCGCCAUUUUGGUGGGACCCACAGGGGCGGCUGUGGCGGCCGCAUGACGUCAUCAACCGGCGCCCCGUUAGCGGGGAGGGGGCGGCCAUGGCCGCCGCGCUGGGGCCGCGGGCCGAGGCGGAGGCGGAGGGAUGGCGGCGGCUGCUCCGCGCCGUGACCCGCCUGCAGGCCUGCGUCAGGGGUUACCUGCUGCGGAAGCGCUUCGGGAGCCUGCGGGCAGAGUACGAGGAGGUGGUGCGGGAGAUCGAAGGGGACCUGAGCCAGCUGGAGUGGGGGGGACGGUUCCUGCCGCGGCCCCUGUUUGUCCCCCAGAAGCCAACUCAAGGGAAGCGUUCAGGUCUGCAGGAGGGUGUACUGAGUGACGAGGCCAGUGCGGAAAAAACGCAGGAGGAGCUGGACACCUCUGAACCAGAACGGGACUGGGGCUGCAGCAGUGUGAAACCUGCAGCUCAGCUGCAAAGUGAAAAAGAACCGAGCUCCGCGGGUGAAGGUGAGGUAGCGAGCCCCCCAGAUCUUGGGGCCGAUGCCGAGAAACGCCCUGAGGAGGGCUGCAGUGCCCCAGCAGAGAGCGAGGACUGGCAGAACGACAGCAGCGUAUCCCCUGUGUGGGGCAGUGCUGCUCUGGAGGCAGAGUCCCUUGAAGCCUGCCCGGAAAUUCCACUUGAGGACAUAAAGGACCUUCCUCGAACUCGCUCUGGUCUCCAGUCCUACAGAAAUCACUUGAUCAUGGAGUUGCUGUGGUUGCAACAAGCAAUUGUCAGCCGUAAAAAUUACCUGAUGCUGAAACAGAGGCUGGGGCCUCCUGACCUGUAGGAGGGCAUUCCCCAGCACGUGGGGCACUUGUAUUGGUGUGGAGAAGCAGUGGAGCUGCAGCACCGCAGUCGUGGCAUGACCUCACGGACAGCAGCUGCUAAGGGGAGCUCCAGCCCUGCGGGCUGAUGUUUUCCACUUUAGAUGAAUGUGGCAAGAAGGCCUUUUAUUUCUUUUAAACAUGAAUAUUUAGUCAAAGCAGGGAUUAAACAUCACUGUGAAGCCACCUAGGUGGUUAUGUGUCCUGGAGGGGGUCGCAGUGAUGCCUCCUUCCACAUGAACCCUAGUUCUGUUGUCUGAGCUGGACAGUCCAAGGGGAAAAAUUGAGGCUGGGAAGACUGUCAUUUACAGAAGGCGCUUUCUGACAUCUGAUCGCUUGUGCUGGAACUAAAAUGCCUGAAGGCAGCAGGUGCUUUUGGAAGAAGCUCUCCUCCACUGAACCGCGUAUCUGAGCUGGGUAUCUGGGACAGCUCUGCAAUAUCUGGGAUCUCCACGUGCUCCUGGUAGGCUUUGGGGAACACCUAGUUGAAGUCUUAAGAGGAGAGUUUCCUAUCUUUCCUGUGCAGCUGGUGGGGAGCGAUGGUGCAUCAAACCUGACCUUCAGGAGAUGAGGAUUGGUUCCCACCUUCGUGUGUCUGGCUGUGGUAAUAUCUCUCUGUGUGGCAGCAUCACCUGGACCGGUGCUUGAGGGAGCAAGGACAGGCUUGCGGGGUUUGGCGCUUUGUAUGUUGCUCUAGUUCAGGGGCAUUUGAGGUCCCUCAGAGAGGGAUUUCCCACGUGGUGCUGUGGUUCCGUACUGUAACCCCAAGUCUUCUGUGCAAACACUCUGCAUUCCUGCUGACUGAACGUUCACUUUUGCCGUGCGGCAGAUGUAUCUUUCUGUUCCCGAUGAUGCUGACUUGUUUGUGAAUAAAAAGCUUUCCUGAA